CAUCCCUAGGAUGGCCGAUCUUCCACCCUCCAGCCUGCGUCUCAAUCAGCCUGUUUUCUGGUCCACAGGAGUGGACUGCUUUGGGCCAUAUAUCAUUAAGAUCGGACGGCGCACCGAGAAACGAUGGGGAAUAGUGUUUAAGUGUCUGACAACCCAUGCUGUGCACCUUGAUCUUCUCACUAGCAUGGAUACAGACGCUUUCCUGAUGGCGCUCCGACGUUUCAUUGCACGUCGAGGUAAGCCCCAUGAGCUGCUUGCUGAUCAGGGCACAAAUUUCAAAGGUGGCAGCUCAGAACUUCAAGAGGCAUUCAAAGCACUCACGCCAGAGUUACAGGCACAGCUGGCGAGUCAGCAAAUUGAUUUUAAAUUUAACCCCCCUCAUGCUCCACACUUUGGCGGAUCCUGGGAGCGGGAGAUCCGAUCUAUCAAAUCUGCCCUUCACACUACUCUUGGAGCGCAGAGUGUAUCAGAAGAUGUCCUGAUGACAGUGUUAGUUGAAGUUGAGGGGAUCAUCAACUCCAAACCACUGGGUUACACGUCGUCAGACAUCGCAGACCCAGACCCCAUCACACCCAAUAUGUUGCUGAUGGGGCGGCGAGAUCCAUCUCUGCCCCAGGUCAUCUACGCAGAGACAGAAAUCCUCAGUCGGCGCAGAUGGAGACAAUGCCAGGCACUAAUUGACCAGUUUUGGACCAAGUACAUCAAAAGUUACUUACCAUCACUCCAAAUACGCUCCAAAUGGCAUCAGGAGAAGGACAACCUCACCAUUGGUACCGUUGUGAUGAUUGUUGACCAACAGCUCCCUCGAGCCAUGUGGCCAGUAGGUCUCGUCACAGCAGUUGUCCCCGGGGCUGAUGGCAGGAUACGGACAGUUAAAGUCCAAGUCAAGGACCGGAUAUACACACGUCCUGUUGCCCGGCUCAUCAAACUGCCAUGCCUCCCUGACAGCUAAUAUGUGAUAUCUAGGACAACAACUUUGCUCCACAAAGUUGGGGGCGGCUGUUCAAAAUGGUGCAUUCCACCUGACCAUGCCCUCCCUGCGUGGGCCUCCUCAUGCACCCAGUAAGACUGACCAAUCAGGUGCUCCCAGAUGCACAUGAACAGCAGCAGAACACACUGUUUCUAGUCUCCCCUCAGACAGUUUCAAGGCACCCCAAAUCAGAAGGAACACUUUCCACCAAUCAGACGCCUUAAUUACCUGUCACUCACGAAUUCUUUCUGAGCCAGACCCGCCCCUACAUCAGUGUCGGAGCGUAUGCAGAGGACAACGGAGAUCCGCUGGACUAGAGAAUAAACACUUAUUUCUCUUCAUUACCGUGCGUCCAUUCGAGUAAACCACGGCUAAUUGCACAGCUAAUUUCACGGCUAAUCUCAAGGCUACGCUCAUAGCUAAAAUCACGGUUGGACGUGUGGCAUGUGUGUGUGUGCGUUUCAAUAAACCUUUAUUUGGAAUUGA